AUGUUGUCUGUUUCCCAGGGAGCGUCUACAGAGAAUGAUGCGUCCCAGAACACUGAUCUAACAUACAGGGAAAAGGUGGACUCUCUGAUCGAGGCGUUUGGUACCAACAAGCAGAAGAGAGCUCUGACCUCCAGGAGACUGAACCAGGUGGGCAGUGAGACCCUGCAGAGCGCUGUAGCAAAGGCUGCCCACACCAUCAUAGACCAGAAGGGCCUGGAAGUCCUUCAGCAGGAGGUUGUCCAGGCAGAGUCCCAGUCUGAAGUGUCUCAUUUCCCAGUCCUGUCUCCGGUGGAGUACGAUGUCCUGGAUGCUGCUGGCUCCAAGAUGGCCGCCCUGACCCCAGAGGAACUACAGAACUUAACAGAUGAAGGGUGUCAGAGCGUGGUGAGUCAGUUGGAGAGCCUGCCCAGAGAGGGCGUGGCCAGAGAGAGACAUGCCCGCUGUGCCUUCUACCUCCUCCUGCUGCUCAAACUGGCACGGCAGAAAAACAUGACUCGCAAGUUCGGGCAGGAGGAGGGCUGCCCUCGUAUCAUCCACAUCAAGCUGAAGAGGACCUUCACCGUGGAGACCUUCAAUCACGGCAGGGUGCAGAACGUGGUGUCUACGUCGAUGCGUGUGAAGGUGGCAGCGUACUGCCUGGCCCUGCUGCUCCACAUGGGAGACAUGACCGCUGACCUCACCCUGUUACACAGAGACUUGGGGGUCACAGAGAAACGGAUGGUGGAGGUGGCCAAGUCGAUGGGGCUGACCCUGUCCAGACACGGCUGUGUGACGGGGGACGACGGCGGUCCGACGGCUGAAAACAGACUGGCGUCUCUGCGGCUGCCCCUCGUCAAAUACCAGACGUUUACGGAGAUACGCAAACGCAAAAAAAUGCAUUAGAAGGAAGACGAGGAAGACGAGGGGAAACGCUUCCAAAACACACCGACAGCGUCCCAUUUUGAGCAACGCGGCCUCGUCUGGUUGUCUGAAGUUCAACAUUCACCUUUUCUGCUGCAGACAGUCUGAUACAUCCAACGUGACGCUCUACCCAGAAUGCACUGCGACUGCCCUCUGGAGAUGAAUGUACUUCUGGUUGUACCAAUGUGUAAUGACUCUGUCGGUGUGAUUGAAGUGGAAGGAGGAGGGGAGGAAGACAUGGGGGAAGGAGGAAGAGGAGAGGGUAAAUAUUCCUAGAGAGGGGAGGUGAGGAAGACUGGGGUAAGGAGGAAGAGGGAAGGGUAAAUAUUCCUAGAGAGGGGAGGUGAGGAAGACUGGGGUAAGGAGGAAGAGGGGAGGGGAGGUGAGGAAGACUGGGAGGAAGAGGGAAGGGUAAAUAUUCCUAGAGGGGAGGUGAGGAAGACUGGGAUAAGGAGGAAGAGGAAAGGGUAAAUAUUCCUAGAGGGAAGGAGGGUUAGAUAAAGAUGGAUACUAGAAACCCUCCUCACAAAGUAUUCUGUAAACAAAUAAAACAAUUUAAUGUACUAAACUAA